AUGAGUCUAUUCCGGGCACACCUCGUCUUUUAUCGGUGUGCUCUCAAUCUAAAUUCAUCUUAUAACUUUGGUUUCUUAGUUGCAAUUACCUUUGUACUCCAAAUAAUUACAGGUAUCACUUUAGCGUUCCGAUAUACUUCUGAAGCAUCUUGUGCAUUUGCUAGUGUUCAACAUCUAGUUAGAGAGGUAGCAGCAGGAUGGGAAUUUAGGAUGUUGCAUGCAACAACUGCUUCUUUCGUCUUCUUGUGUAUCUUAAUACACAUGUCUCGAGGUAUGUAUAACUCCAGCUAUAGUUAUUUAACUACUGCUUGGAUGUCUGGUUUAGUUUUAUAUCUACUUACUAUAGCCACUGCUUUCCUCGGUUAUGUACUACCAUGGGGACAGAUGAGUUUCUGGGGUGCUACAGUCAUUACUAAUCUCCUUUCUCCAAUACCAUAUUUAGUACCUUGGUUACUCGGUGGAUACUAUGUAUCUGAUGUAACAUUAAAACGAUUCUUUGUAUUGCACUUUAUAUUACCUUUUGUAGGUUGCAUUCUAAUUGUAUUACACAUCUUCUAUUUACAUUUAAAUGGUUCUAGUAACCCUGCAGGUAUUGAUUCCGCACUUAAAGUAGCCUUCUAUCCUCAUAUGUUAAUGACCGAUGCUAAAUGUCUAUCCUAUCUAAUUGGUUUAAUUUUCUUACAAACGGCUUUUGGUUUGAUUGAAUUAUCGCACCCAGAUAACUCCAUACCAGUGAACCGGUUUGUAACUCCGCUUCAUAUCGUACCUGAAUGGUACUUUUUAGCAUAUUAUGCGGUGUUAAAAGUAAUCCCAUCCAAAACCGGUGGUUUGUUAGUAUUUAUGUUAUCAACAUGUCAAUGA